CUCUUCUGUUCCUUUCAGUUUACAUUAUUUUUUUCAUCUGUUGUUACUCUCUCAGGUUCUGAUGGUGUUAUGCCUAUUUAUGACUCAUGUUGUGGUGCGCCCGCCUCCUCCUGUGACUGUCAUCACUGUGUCAUGCGGCUGAAAAACCCUUUGGAAAAUACUGAAUGGUUCAUUCUGGCUUAUGGCGGGGGGAGAGACAUGCCAGCCUGAAGGGAGGGAUGAGCCAAAGUGUUUGAUACCGGAGAAGAGGGCAAGAUGUUUACGAGGGAACCCAACUGCUUGGAUCAGCUUUAGAAAGCCAUUGGACUCGGAAACUUUUCUUUGAGCUCCUACAUUGUUUCUCAGCAAGAUGGUUGACACUCACCUGGGGAGCAGCUCCAACAUCAGCUCUCCACACAUCAGUGCCUGGAACAUCAACGGCAGUGGCCCGUGGCUGCUGGCUUUCAUGCUGACUGUGAUCAUCCUGGUGACGGUUUGUGGCAACACGCUCCUCAUCGCUCUGGUCUUUGCACACCGCUCUCUCAGGUGCACCUCCAACUCUUUCCUGGUGUCGCUGUUCUUCUCCGACCUGAUGGUGGCACUCGUGGUGAUGCCACCUGCCAUGCUGGACGUCUUGUGCGGGGCCUGGGUGCUGUGGCCGGGCUUUUGCCCUGUGUGGCUCUGCUUCGAUGUCAUGUGCUGCAGCGCCUCCAUCCUCAAUCUGUGUGUGAUCAGCCUGGAUCGCUACUUGUUUAUCAUCUCUCCGCUUCGCUACAAGCAAAGGAUGACGCCUCCCCGGGCUCUGCUCCUGGUGGCAGCGGCUUGGGGGUUGGCAGCUCUAACAUCCUUCCUUCCCAUCAAGAUGAAAUGGCACAGUUUAGGCUACGGAAGCGGAAACACCAGCACAUUCACUGAGAGCCUUUACCCAGAGUCCUACUUUCAACCCUCACCGUCUGGAGGUCUCUCCUUCCAGUGUCGCCUUCAGGUCACCCUGCCGUUCGCUCUGGUGGCCUCCGUCCUGACUUUCUUUUUGCCCUCCAGCGCCAUUUGCUUUACCUACUGCAGGAUUCUUCUCGCAGCACGCAGACAGGCCAAGAGGGUCGCUGCUCUCAGCCACCCUCCACAUCCAUAUCCAUCUCUUGGGGAACCAUCUCGACCUCCUUCUCCUGGGGCUCAACAGGAUGUGGAUGACUGCAGUCAACAGGAGCAUCAAAUGCCACACAAUAUGCCGCCAUCAGCCAACAGCGAGCGCCGACUGGCUCACCGACAGGGUCGCAGGGCGCUGAAGGCCAGUCUGACACUGGGAGUGCUGCUGGGAAUGUUCUUCGGUGCCUGGCUUCCUUUUUUCAUCACCAACAUGGCUCAGGCUGUGUGCGAGUGCGUCCCUCUUGCGCUCUUCGACGCCAUCACCUGGCUGGGUUACUGCAACAGCACCAUGAACCCCAUCAUCUACCCACUGUUCAUGAGAGACUUCAAGCGAGCACUGGGGAAGCUGAUGCCCUGCUGCUCCUCUCAGUCCCCACGACGUCCCUCUCCUGCGCUCUCCCUUUCCCUGCGGAAUUCUGGAGAGCCAAACAUUGUCAGCACCUUGCCUUCUCCCCUGGCCUCCGACCCCAUACAUCACCCUGCGACAGCCACUGAUGCCGUCAACCUGCUCGAUGCCGAGCAUGCUGGGAUCCAUAUGCCGCUGUUGCUACCCAAUCAGGUGGAGACCCUGGAUUGACGCUGCAUAACUCUCCCAUCAGUUCCUCUGAACAGAAGUGGUAAAAUGAGAGGACAACUUCUCCUCCAGAGGAAAUUCAGCCAAUUGAAUUACACCUGAGCAAAAACCUGCAAUGAUUUCCAUGGCAACCAUCUUUAGUUGCACAAUAGUCACAUUCACUUCAGGAUCAGUCAGUAAAAUAGUCUUACACGAUUUAGAAGCACUUCACAGGACUUGAGAGGAAACAACAGAAGCAUUAACUGUCUGUGGACAGACUGCAUUAUGUUAGGUAAUAUUAAUACCAACAACAUGAAUGGUGUCACCUCAUAUUCAAUGAAGGCUAAAACAUUGGUGAGCUGCUUUAAAUAGAUGUUCAGUCGUUUCAUGAUGAGGGUGUUUAGCUUUGAUGGAGUUUUGGUUCUUGUGUGAGUUCUGUGGUCCAGUGGGUGUCGUCCCAACUCCAUGAGAUGGGUUCAGAAUCCGGGUCGGCCACUUUGUCCGUGACGCAGGGUUCCUUCACAGAACAUACAUUCUCAGGGUCUUCUUCAGACACAACAGGGAAACUCAUGUCCGGUUCACUCGGACUCUCAGUCUGAGCGUCACUCAACGUGUCCAGCAGGUCGGAGAUAUCCGGGAUGUCCCAGCCGCUGUCCACCUCUGCUGCUCCGGCCUCUGCUGCUCCGGCCUUUUCACCCUCUUCCCCUUCAGGGUUUGCCAGAGACUGACCCACAGCGUCGACAAACCCUUCUGACCUACUUUCAUCCGGAGGAAGAGCGAUAGCUGCGCCAGGCACUUCUUUGGUCGGAACCCCAACUGCCACUAAGAUGGUGUCCAUUUGGCGCAUGUAGUCCAGGUGACCUUUCACCUUAAAACAAAUUUGAGUUGAGAGCUGCUCUGAUUAUAGAGGUGUUGUGUCUAAAGAGAUUUCACUCAUAGUGUGGACUCAAGGAUUUUUAUGAUUUUGUUUGUUUUAAAAGUGAAAGAUACUGUUUAAC